CUUCAACCCCCCAUUUUGCUGUUAUUAUUUAAAUGGCUCAAGAACUGGACAUUUGGAUGGACUUUUUGAACUGCUCUCCAUUAGAAAGUGCCUGGGAGACUCCAUGAAUGUAAUGUUGCUCCUGCUCCACGCCAAUCGGAUCUGCAGCAGAAAAGCAGAACAGAACCCUGCUCCAAGACCUGCUUUGAAGAAUUACAAUUUGGAAGGCGGCAAACUCCGCCGCAAACACCCGGUAUCCGAGGUGGAGGAUCCCCGAUCGACCGUCAGAGCUGCUCCGGCUGUUCGAGACGAGGUCAGAGGCACGGUCCACGACGAAUCGGCUGUAGGCGGCGGCGAAGAGGAGGAGGAGGAGAACCGGAAGAGAUGCCUUCAGUGGAGAUUUGGCAGCCAUAAGAGAAAAAGAAGGGAGAUUGAUGAUUAGAAUGAGUGAUUUGAGAGAGAAAAAAGUGGGUUAAGAAUUGUGAUGGAAAAAGAAUUUGGGUCUUAGAUUUUGUAUAUGGUGAAUUAGAGAGAAACAACAAUAUUUUUUUUUCUUUUUUUGAGAAGAUAGGAUGAUCUGAGAGAAUUUGUGAGGAAUUGGGGUUUUUUUUGAAGAACCAUGGAGAUGAUAAGAGAUAAGUUCCUCCUUUGAUAGUUUUUUUGUGUGAUUUCAACAAGGGUUUUUUUCUUCUUUUUUUUAUUUGAGUGGAGAAGUUGAUUUGAGGAUAAAGAAGGAAAAUAAAAUAGAGCUAAGGUGAACAG